AUGUGGAGAUUACACACGCCAUUUUGCGAUGUCAUGUGCGAUGUCCAAAUUUGUACUGUAAUUGGUUGCUGCAACGCAUUCCUCCAUCAACCUCGAAAUCCUUGGUCGCUCAUCGCGUCACGAGGCCCCCUACUGUCCAACGGCCCAAUUGCCGUCCGUGCUCGCCCCCCUUCUCAUGCAAGCCGCUUUUCAGGUUUCUUUCCUCAUCAAACUUUUUUUCCUCACUUCUCCUUAACUUCACCUCUUGUCCAGACACAUCAUCCACUUCUUACAAACCCCGCCCUACCGCACCCCCCCGCUUGUCUUACCCACCCCCGCGCUCCACACCGUCCCUGCAGUUUACCGCACCUAUUCUUCGCCUUCCUCUUCGUGUACCCCUGCCACUCAUCACAAAUCACAUUCCUGCACUCCUUCCGUCUUUGCUUGUCGACAUUUUCUGUUUCGUACCUCCGUCCGGCCAUUCUCGGUGCACAUACCCUUUCCCGCCCACGCCGCCUGGUCUCAGCUUUGGGUUUUACUUUCUUUGCGACGCUCCGGCUUUGA